GGAAAGUGGGCCGGGUUUUCGCCGAUGAGUGUGUCGUCCUCCCAAAAGUGUAGACGAUCUUCGGCGCUGCUGGUUUUGACAGCGGCGGGGGAGCUGGUGAGGAGAGCGGAGCAUCCGUGUGGACCACAGCUUGCUGCUGCAGCGGCUGAGAGGGGGGACGGACACACUGGCCGGGCACGGUCCCUCAAACACACACACACACACACACACACACAAACACCCCUCGUCAUUUUCUACAGCAUCAGCACACACUCAUUGCCGGGGGUAGGAUACAGGAGCCGGUUUGCAGCAGACGGACUGCAAGACAAAUUCACAGGGGUGGCAGAGGGCCCCUUUUCACACGUGAACAGGAGGAGGCCAUUUGCACCAUGCGUAUAAUGGAACUGGAAGCAAGUGAACCACCGCACAGCUUCCUCUACAUGGAUGAAGCUGGCUUCAACCUAACAAAACGUAGAAGGCGUGGUCGAAAUAUCAUCAGCCACAGAGCUACAGUUGAUGUGCCAGGCCAACGGGGCGGAAACAUAACCAUGGGUUGUGCAAUCUCUGAGAAUGGUGUGCUAACGCAUAUUCCCAUUAUUGGGCCCUACAAUACAGAGCGUCUUGUCACCUUUUUAGACACUCUCUACAGGGAUCUCAUCCCUGAACAAGAGAGGGGUCAGAUUGGAGAUGACCUGCCAAAGUAUGUGAUCGUUUGGGACAAUGUCAGUUUCCAUCGUUCCAACAUCAUCAGGCAAUGGUUUGCUGCCCAUGACAGGAUGCUGAUGGAGUUCCUCCCACCCUACUCUCCAUUCCUUAACCCCAUUGAGGAAUUUUUCUCAGCAUGGAGAUGGAAAGUAUACGAUCGUCAGCCACAUACACAAAUGACCCUUCUGGCUGCAUGUGACGACAUCACAGCAGAUGCCUGCAGAGGCUGGAUAAGACACUCAAAAAGAUUCUUUCCACGCUGCAUUGCAAGAGAAGAUGUUCGUUGUGAUGUGGAUGAGAAUUUGUGGCCCAACACACAGGAUCGUCAAGAGGUUAGAACCACUUCCUGGAGACAGACAGUGCCUGAGAUUAAAUCCUCACAGACUUCGUCACUCCGUCGAUCACCCUCAUUGUGUUGCUGAAUCUGGACAAAAGGUUUUCAUCGUGACACACCCAACCAUGGACAGGAACAGGAAGUGGGUGCCAGUCUUCGGAGCUGUGCUAUUGAUACUCUUGAGUCAUGUGACCUCAGCGCUGGAAGUGCCUCUUGAUCCUAAAGUACUGGAAGGAUUGCCCCAACCCCCCACUAUAACGCUACAGUCCCCAAAGGAUUACAUCUUUGAUCCGAGGGAGAACAUUGUCAUCCACUGUGAGGCCAAGGGGAAGCCUCAUCCCAGCUUUUCAUGGACAAGAAAUGGGACCCACUUUGAUGUAGAGAAAGACUCCAAAGUCCUGAUAAAGCCUGGUUCAGGAACUCUGGUCAUUGACAUCAGCGGGGAAAAGGCUGAAGCUUAUGAGGGAACGUACCAGUGUACAGCACACAACGAGCACGGCACCGCUGUAUCCAACAACAUUGUCAUCAGACAGUCCAGGUCCCCCUUGUGGUCGAAGGAGAGAAAUGAGGCCAUCGUGGUGCAGAUGGGGGUCUCCCUGGUGCUGCAGUGCAGACCCCCUGCAGGGCUGCCCCCUCCUGUCAUCUUCUGGAUGGACAACAAUUUCCAGAGGCUACCGCUGGAUAAACGAGUGUCCCAGGCUCUGAAUGGAGACUUGUACUUUUCAAAUGUUCUCCCAGAAGACAGCAGGCCUGACUACAUCUGCUAUGCUCGCUUCCCUCACACACAAACCAUCCAACAGAAACAGCCUAUCUCAGUCACCGUGCUGAACAACAGCCCAGAGGGGGAGCGCCGCCCCGGCUUCAUGACACCUCUCGGUAUCACUAGCACCAAGAUGGUUCUGAGAGGGGAGACUCUGGAGCUAGAAUGCAUUGCUGAGGGCUUGCCCACUCCAGAUAUCUCCUGGCAGAAGGAUGGAGCAGAGCUACCGAGCAGCAGGAUGUCCUUUCAUAACUUCAAGAAAACACUCAAGGUUUCUGAUGUGAAUGAAGCUGAUGCUGGGGACUACCGCUGUACAGCCACAAACAACCUGGGCACUGUACACCACAUCAUCAAAGUCAAUGUCAAAGCGGCUCCUUUCUGGGUCAGCGCUCCCAGGAACCUGAUCCUCGCCCCGAAUGAGACUGGCAUCCUGACUUGUCGAGUCAAUGGAGAACCCAAACCGAAGAUUAGCUGGUUUGUCAAUGGAAUCCCUCUAGAGAAAGCACCUGAGGACCACAGUCGGAAGGUGGAUGACGACACUGUGAUUCUUAGCAAUGUGCAGUCAGGGUCCAGUGCUGUCUACCAGUGUAACGCAUCCAAUGAAUUUGGUUACCUGAUGGCAAACGCUUUUGUCAACGUUCUUGCUGAAGCCCCAAGGGUGCUCACUCCACCCAACCAAAUAUACCAGGUCAUCACCAACAACCCUGCAUUACUUCACUGUGCCUCCUUUGGCUCACCAAUACCGACCAUCACAUGGUUCAAAGACAGUCAGACCAGCAUUAAGAAUGGUGACCCUUAUGUGAUCCAUGAGAAUGGUACAUUAGAGAUCCAUGUGGCCCAGCCACUAAACAGUGGAAAGUACACCUGCAUUGCCACCAACAACCUGGGGAUCAAGGAGAACCAUGUCUACCUGGAGGUUAAAGAGCCCACCCGUAUCUUGAAGCAGCCAGAGUACAAGGUGGUGCAGAGAGGAAUGAGCGCUGUGUUCGAGUGUAAAGUCAAACAUGACCCAUCCCUCGUUCCCACCAUGACCUGGCUUAAAGACAAUGGAGAGUUGCCAGAUGAUGAGAAGUUUGAGGUGGACACGGACAGUCUGACCAUCAAAGAUGUGACGGAUGGAGAUGAGGGCACCUACACCUGCAUCAUGAACACCACCCUGGACCAGGACUCAGCCAGUGCCAUGCUGACUGUUGUAGAGGCUACUCCUACUCCAGCUAUUGUCUACGAUAAACCUGACCCUCCGACUGACCUGGAACUGACUGACCAGACAGAGAGGAGCGUACAGCUCACCUGGAUUCCUGGAGACGAACACAACAGUCCCACACAGAAGUUUCUGAUCCAAUACGAGGAUCUGCUCCACCAGCCAGGAGUUUGGAUCAACCUGACAGAAGCUGCUGGUACUAGCACCACAGCACAGUUAAACCUCUCUCCACACGUCUACUACUCCUUCAGAGUCCUGGCUGUGAAUCGCUUUGGCUACAGCCAGCCUAGCCCGCCCUCAAGCCAAUACAGGACCAACCCUGCAGCUCCUGAUGAAAAUCCAUCAGAUGUUCAGGGAGUAGGAACAGAGCCUGGCAACUUAGUUAUCUCCUGGACACCGCUGACAGGAUUUCAGUCCAACGGGCCUGGUCUGGAGUACAAAGUGCAGUGGAGACAGAAGGACAUGGAUGAGGAUUGGUCCUCAAAGAAUGUGGCUAAUGUUUCUCAGUUUAUCGUGUCUGGAACUCCAACCUAUGUGCCCUACGAGAUCAAGGUUCAAGCUUUGAAUUAUUAUGGCAACGGCCCAGAGCCUGAAGUCGUGAUUGGAUACUCUGGAGAAGACUUGCCUUUGUCUGCUCCUGAUAGUGUGCAGGUCAUGGUUCACAACAGCACACUUGCAGAAGUACACUGGGAGCCUGUAUCUUUCUCCUCAGUCAGAGGAAAACUACAGGGAUACAAGGUGUACUACCAGCGCGAGCGCGGCUUGCACGAGGCAGAAGGGGAGACAGAGCAGCAGGAGCAGGUUUUGACAUUCAGUGGGAAUCGCAGCGAGGGACGUCUGCCAGGCCUCCAGCCUUACAGCCUCUACAAUCUCUCCAUCAGGGUCCUUAAUAACAAAGGAGAAGGGCCUCCUAGCCCCAGCAAGAAAUUUGAGACACCAGAGGGAGUCCCUGGGCCUCCUUCUUUUCUGAACGUCAUAAACCCUAGUUUGGACUCUCUCACUCUGGAAUGGGGCCCACCAAUGAACAACAAUGGACGCCUCGCUGGAUACACACUGAAAUACCAACCAGUCAACAACACCAAUGAACUGGGACCAGUCAAGGUCGUGACUUUCCUAGCCAAUGAGACCACCACCACCCUGGGAAACCUGAACUCCAGCAUGCUCUACAAGUUUUACUUAAGUGCAAAGACAAUCAAGGGCUCUGGCCCCAUCAUCACAGAGGAGGCCUUCACAGUCAUGGACACAACUCGUACUCAGCCCACUGUAGAGACGGGCAAAGGCCCCACAGAGCCCCCUCACCCAACCUCCCCCAUCACUCAGUCUCCGCAUCCCCCGUUUCACAAGGUGCCACCUGUAGGCCCUGCGUUUGGCAAAGUUAACACGUCUCUGUCGGAGGACGGUGCAGUGAUCAGUUGGGAUUACUUUGGACACCAUAAGAAUGUAUAUGUGGAAUAUAUUGUAGAAAACAGUAAAGAGGACUGGAAAAAGGAGUUGGUAAACGGUUCACACUGGCAUAUGAUAAAAGGUUUAAAGCCGGGGACGUCCUAUAGGGUGCGUGUGGUAGCUAGAGACCCGGCUGACCCGACGGUCCACAGCACAGACGAAGUGUUGGUUAUGGUGCCAGCUGUACCCAGCCGGCAGGUAGACAUUGCCACCCAGGGAUGGUUUAUUGGACUGAUGUGUGCCAUCGCUCUUCUCAUCUUGGUCCUUCUCAUAGUGUGCUUCAUCAAGAGGAACAAGGGUGGCAAAUAUCCAGUGAAAGAGAAAGAAGAUGCUCACCAAGACCCAGAGAUCCAACCCAUGAAGGAGGAUGACGGGACAUUUGGAGAGUACAGGUCUAUGGAGAGUGACACAGAGGACCACAAGCCACUGAAGGGGAGCCGGACGCCGUCCAAUGGGACAGUGCGUCGCGACGAGAGCGAUGACAGCCUGGUGGACUACGGGGAGGGCGGGGAUGGACAGUUCAAUGAGGACGGCUCCUUCAUCGGCCAGUACAGCGGCAAGAAAGAGAAAGACACACACGAAGGCAACGAGAGUUCAGAGGCCCCGUCGCCUGUCAACGCCAUGAACUCGUUUGUCUAAUGAAGGCAACGCGGCCCGGCUGUGACGGUUGCUCCGGCAACUCCUUGUCACCCUGGCAAAUGUGACCACGGGAACCGUCUCUGUGGUGACAGUUGCUAAGGUGACAGUCGUUGUGGACACCUACUUCUACCAUGGUGGCUGUCACUUCGUUGGCCAUCGCCAUGGCUACCUGUCACCAAGACUGCUGACCCGCCCUCAUCUCCACACCCGCCAGCCCCUGUCUGACCUCUGAUCAACACACACUCAGCAUUGCAAAGACCCCCAUGAGAAAGAAGGUGUGGAGCGAGGGAUGUGAGGGAAGGAGAGAGGAAGCAAUAUAGAAAAGCAGAAGGAAUGUACUAGAAAAAGUUUUUACCACUCAGACUGAGCAGCAGUGUGGCCAAGUGUGUGUGUGUGUAUGUUAGUGCCAUUUGAUCUCCUUUGCAAACAUACUAAACAUGAUGUAUCCAAAUAUAUAUUUUAUCAAAGUACAGUACAUGACCCGCAGGCAGGCAAAUAUGCAUUUAAUCACACUCAUAAACAUCUGCAUGAAAUAAAUCAUGAUUCUACUAAGCAUUUUACCAUCUUUGUGUCAGCAGACGUGAGCUGCGUGUUGAGGCUGUAUGGUGCUCGUCUACUAGCCACUGGGUAUGCCUCUUAUUGUUUUCUUUUGGGGGGUUUUCAGUCAAAGUGUUCAAUGGCGUAUGAUAUAUAUAUAUAGGAAAAAAUGGCAGCAGUGUCUUUGUGGACACCACUGUGAAAUGUUUGACUCAAAGUAGAAGUUAGCAUAUGUCUUUUUGAGACAGAUGAACUGUUUGUACAUAUGUAAUAGAAUAAGAAGAAAGCUAUAUUUCAAGGUCAGGGAGGUCCAUUUGUAGUCAUUUGGAAACCUGGAAACACUUUGAGCUCAGCGUUCAGUCACUCCUUAUCACAUCAGCCAGCCAGUCCGAACUCCCACACUUAUUCCAAUUGGCCCGUUUUUAGCCUUGUGUUUUCUCAAGCUUGUUCUGUGCUUGCAUUUCUUUUUUUUUUUUGCUUUUCUUUCCCAAUCUGUUCCUUUACACCGAGCGUUCUUGUUACCGAGCACUAACUGAACACAAGUGGAGGUGUGACUGAUCCAGUGUCAUUGUCAAGUACCACUGUGCAAGCCUUUGUUUUAGGCGAUCCUGGUAUUGUCAGAACUAACCGCUACCCCGACAUUGUAUCCAAUAGCAUUUCCACUUACGUAGCUGCUAUGUAUACUGGCAGAAAAGAGAGAAAAAGAUGUUACAGAGGUUUACUGAGAGUACACACUGUAGUUUCUGGAUAUAUGUCGGUGAUCAAGAAACUCUCAGCACGGUUUCUAGUGCCUUGUAGAGAACAGUGACUGAGAUCCAUAGAAUUACAUCCCUAUUCAUACACAGGACAGACCUGGGCUCAGUGCAGUUCAUAUAGUCCAUGAAUACAGUUCAUACAGAAUACUAUCCCACCUUACUCUAACGACAACUUCAAAGGCUAUGCGAGUGUUCAAAACGGCAUUAAACACUCAUGGAAAAUAAGCUUUACGGAAUUUCGCUGAUGUUGAAGAAGUUAUUCGUAACGGCACAUUAAAACUGAGACCCUUUAUUGUGAGCUAUGGUCAUUUAGUAUUGUGAAACAUCUAUGUGGGCUUAUUAACUUCAAAUAAACCUCCUCGAGCCUUUCAAUAGUUUUCAACAGGGCUAAAACUAUUUUUAAAAAAGGAUUUCAAAAAUGACCUUUUUUGCAGUUGUGGCAUUAAUUUGGAGGAAAAAUGUUUCAGCUAUAGAUUGUUAUGGCCUUGUUGACAAUCAUACACCCAGUUAUCAGCCCAUAUGGUAUAUAAAAAGACCACCAAAUCACACCAUCCAGCUAAGAAUUAAAGACUGAGGAAAUGUGUGGAGUAUAAAAAUGUGUAGGAAACCUGAGGUCAGAGCGUUGGACGCCUCUGAGGUGUCUUCAUGUGUUCAUUUCAAACAUUCUCCUCCUGACGCAUUCAUCUUGAGGAGGAGCCGCUGCUCAGCAGCACUAAACUACUGCCAACCUGCUCACCAGGUAACUGCCGACAGGAACCAGACUCACCAUCUGGCACAGACUAUUAUCAGAAUGGGACUUACUGUUACUGGUGGUAGCACUUAGAAAUGAAGGGGUCGGAAUAUUUUGCGUCAUGAUACUGAAUGUGGAAACAAGUGUAUCUGUUUAUGUGAAUGAAAAUAUUGCUUGUUUCACUGCAAAUGGUAAACACACUGGUGACUUUGGUUUAUGCAUUUAACCUUAUAUCUGUGUAUGUCGUCACGUUCUGAACGCAGCACUGAACGCAGUGAGUUUUCUAUUACCGUAAAAGAAUGAAGCUUGUGUGUGAAUGUUUGUGUGCACGAGUGUGCAUAUGUGUGUGUGUGUGUGUGUGUGUGUGUUCAGCACAUGCAUGCUAUUGUGUUACAGCGUGCGUGAUGUAUACUAUCGCUUUCAAUUUCCAUGGAAAACAGUCUAGAAUUCUGAUGUGUGUCCAACUCUCAACAGGAGAUACAAGACUUGUUUUGUUUUUUUAAAUCAGAGAGCAUUUCCACUCUUAGGUUUAUCAUAACUUGCAUCAAGUUUUUAGGUUGCGAUGUGUCAGCUUUCCACAUGUAGAUAUUUUUGUUUCAUUUUGUAAAUAAUUGGCUUGAAUUGAGCAUAGAUGUGUUGAGGUCAGAGUGGAGAGCUUGACCUCAAUUGGCCCUGCUGCAUUAUGGGUAGGAGCGCAAAAUGGCGUUGAGUGAGAUGAGACUAUUUACCGUUUUCACUCUUAUUUGCUGUGAAAUUUCUUUUUUCUUUAUUCUUUUUUUUGAACUUGUCAGGUGGAUUUGCUAGCUCAAAUGUUUAGCCCAUCAGGUAUCAAAGGAGAUUGUUUAACUUGUGACUGAGCUCUUGUGACACCUGUAUUGUUUCUGUCUCUGACAGUUCACGCACCUUUUUUCCCCUGUAUUUUCUAUAAAAAGGCACACGCUUAAACAGGAUGUAUCACUUCAAACACAUCCGUGCAUCUAGUUUACGACAACAUCUGGUGUCUCUAACACAGCAGGCUGGAGAACUGUUGUCCUAAAAUAGACAUCAGGUGAAACUGACACAUCCUUUUUAAGAGUGUGCAUCUAAAAAAAACAAACAACCAAAACUGUAAUUUGGAGCAAACAGAGGAAUGGCCGGCAUGGACGGAUAAGCGGACUGGCACAUUGGAGUGUGAAUACCCUGGAAACAAUGUUCUAGUGACUGGUGAACAUACAGUAGGAUACACAGUAUAUGCUAUGAUAUAAUAUGACAUUCUGGUUAAUGUUGAAGCUACAUGAGAAGCAUGAAAGGCUGUCAAAUGGUUUACUCUACAAUAUAAUAUUGCAAAAUAUUUUGUAUUUUAAAUGAAGUUUAAAAAAUGAAAUAAAUGUUGGUUUCAGGAUUUCAAA